UAGCCUUAAUCGACAGAUAAUUUAAUGAAACUUAAACUUUGUCAUAGAACAUGCGGUGCAAAAUCGCGUUUUCGCGAGAAAUUUGGCGAGAGCUGCACCAAAACGUGCAAUUUUUGCAAUGCUUCGCUUAUGGCUUUCCGUCUGCCCACGCACUCGUCUCACCAACUCGCAGCUCUAUGCUGCGUAAUCUGGGAAAAACGCAUACUUUAAUCAGUACAUGUUCUGCUAGAAUUGGCAAAUCAACAAAGUAUUUUGUCUUAAUAAAAAAUUUAAACUACAUGAAGUAAUCCUCAAAUCGGUAUUUGUUGAGUAUUUAUCUAUAAAUUGCAGUGCUAAAUGUGAUUUGAAGUAGGCUGUAAUUAUUUUAUCCGCAAAUUUUAAAGGAAAACGGGCAUUUCCUGAGAUUUUAAUUUACUUUCUAAACUAUAACGGCUACACCUUGAAAUGAUUAACCCGGCUCACGUUGUGGAACAUUUAGUUAAACUGGUCCGAACCCGCUUUGGGGAUGACAAUCAGUCGCCUCCAACUGACGAAGAGAGAGAAUUAGCCAAUCACCUUUUUGAAAUUAUAAUUGAAUUAGACAAUGGGACAGCAGUACUGGAAACUGACUGGACUUUGACUCAUGAUACGGAUGGCCAUGACACAGUCGAAGAGGAAGAUAAUGAGGAUGAACCAAGCCAAAAUUCUCAAGAAUGGGAAACACUGUCGUUAGUUACAGAAAGUAGCACCGAAAAUUUUACACUAGAUUAUAUGAAAUCAGUAUUAGAGUGCUACGAUAAACACGGUUGGGGUCGCGUGCAAAAGAGGUUUAAAAGGGUUAAGUAUAGAAAGUACAUUUAUAGAUUUCGUGAUUAUGUUCAGCAAAACGGAACAAACGCAGAGAAAUUACAAAAAUUACACAUAGAAUUGUUUGAAAAAUUCUCAAUUUUAUUAAUGAAACGAGAAAUAAUUCAUGAUUUUGAUUUAAAACGAUGGGCACUACAAAUGGCUAAAGAGCUUAAUUUACCUCAAUUUAAAGCAAGUGAUGCGUGGAUUCUAAUAUUUAAAAAAUCCCACAAUAUUGUGUCCAGAAAGAUAACUAAAUUUGUCACAAAAACUUGUUUGCAAAACGCAGAGGUAAUAGCUCAAUCAGCAAGAAAUUUUGUAGAGUCCGCCCAAGUUAAAAUGGAAAUUUACCAUCAUGAUAAUAUUUUAAAUACAGAUCAAAGCGGUUUUAACUAUUUGCUAAAAUCAAAUAGGAUGUUAUCAGUUAAGGGCGAGAAAUCCACUUCAGCGGUCAAAGAGUCCAAAAACAAACAAACUCAUUCCUACACAAUUCAACCAAUUGUUUCUAUGUCAGGCAAAUUAAUUAGCGCCUUAUUAAUUUGCCUGCAAGAACAAGAUGGUAAGUUUGGAAAAAUAGUUCAAAAGUCUGUAUCGGAGGUGGCUGCUAAAUGCAAAAAUGUAAUCAUCUUCUGUAGCAAAUCUGGAAAACUACAGAAACCACUCGUUAAGUUAUGGGCAAAUGAGAUUCUCUAUAAAUCUAGUGAAUUUAAAAGUCUUCUCUUGUUAGAUUCGUGGACAGGUCAGACAGACAAUGAGUUAUUUUUAUGUGAGGACCAAGAUAAAGAAUGUGAACGAAUGUAUAUCCCCGAAAAUACCACUGAUAAAAUUCAGCCUCUAGAUGUAUAUGGUUUUAGGCAGUGGAAAAUUUGUGUCCGUAAGAUGUUUUCUCAUGUAAUUUUAAAUCAAAUUGGCACUGAUUUAACAUCAAGAAUUAACAUAAUUACAAUGCAUUCGCUUAUUCAUAAUCAGCUCGCAGCUAAUAUAUUCAGAAAUAUGUGGUUGUAUAUGCAUGGUACAAAUCUGGAUAUCUUUUGGAGAGGCCUGAGCCUUUUUUAAAUGUUAGUGAAGCAUUAUUUGAAUCAUCACUUGAAAUAUGCAGUGAAUUUAAUUGCCAAAAUGCUCAGUUUAUUAAAUGUGGGCAUUGUCGAAAGUAUUUAUGUUUCGUCCACUUCUUCGAAAAUUAUCAUUUUCAUGAACCGGAAGUUGAUGAAGAGUUAAUGGAUGUUAAUUAAAAUUAUCAUAAAACUUAAUUAUUAUUUAAAAUUAAUACAUUGUGAUAAUAUAAAGAACGUCCGGGAAUGAAUGGGAAUGCGCGCUC